GCGCGGGAGUCGCGGCGGCAGUUGCGUCUCGGGGGCUGAGGGAGGAGGCGCGGGCUGCGGCAUCUGGUGGCGCAGCUUACCCCCGCGUGGGCGCCAGCGUCGAGGAGGCGGUAACCGCAGCGGCGGCGCGAGGCCCGGGCGCAUCUGGAAGCUUCGGGCUCCCGUUGCCAUCCAGACUGACGCCCCCUCCGCCCCCUUGCAGCGCCUCGUCAUAGCCUCUUGUCCAUAGGGUCGGGACCCCCAGCCUCGGCCCCGAGAUGACUCGAGAUUUCAAACCUGGAGACCUAAUUUUCGCCAAGAUGAAAGGUUACCCCCAUUGGCCAGCCCGAGUAGAUGAAGUUCCUGAUGGAGCUGUAAAACCACCUACAAAUAAACUGCCCAUUUUCUUUUUUGGAACUCAUGAGACUGCAUUUUUGGGCCCGAAAGACAUAUUUCCUUACUCAGAAAAUAAAGAUAAAUAUGGCAAACCUAAUAAACGAAAAGGCUUUAAUGAAGGAUUAUGGGAAAUAGACAAUAACCCCAAAGUGAAGUUUUCUAGUCAACAGGCAUCUACAAAACAGUCAAAUGCAUCUUCUGAUGUUGAAACUGAAGAAAAAGAAAUUAGUGCUUCAAAAGAAGAUACUGACCAUGAAGAAAAAACCAGUAAUGAAGAUGUGACUAAAACAAUGGACAUAACCACUCCUAAGGCUGCUAGAAGAGGAAGAAAGAGAAAGGCAGAAAAGCAAGUAGAAACUGAGGAGGUAGGAAUAGUGACCACAGCAACAACAGCAACAACAGCAACAACAUCUGUAUCUCCAAAAGUGAGUCCUAAAAGAGGAAGACCAUCUGCUACAGAAGUAAAAGUUCCAAAACCAAGAGGGAGACCAAAAAUGGUGAAACCGCCUUGUACUUCAGACAAUGACAAUGUUACUGAAGAGGAUAAAAGUAAAAAAAAAGGUCAAGAUGAAAAGCAACCAAAAAAGCAGAUGAAAAAGGAUGAAGAGGUCCAGAAGGAAGAAGAUAAGCCAAGGAAAGAGCCAGAUAAAAAGGAAGGGAAGAAGGAAGUUGAGCCAAAAAGGAAAACUACAACAAAAGCAGGCUUUGUAUCGACCUCUGAUUCUGAAGAUGAGGGUGAAGAUCAAGAAGGUGAAAAGAAGAGAAAAGGAGGAAGAAAUUUUCAAGCUCCUCAUAGAAGGAAUAUAAUAAAAGGUCAACAUGAGAAGGAAGCAGCAGACAGAAAACGCAAGCAAGAAGAACAAAUGGAAGCUGAAUCGCAGAAUAAAGACGAAAGCAAGAAGCCAGAAGUUAAGAAAGUGGAGAAGAAACGAGAAACAUCAAUGGACUCUCGACUUCAAAGGAUACACGCAGAAAUUAAAAACUCCCUCAAAAUUGAUAAUCUUGAUGUAAACAGAUGUAUUGAGGCCCUUGAUGAGCUUGCUUCACUUCAGGUCACCAUGCAACAAGCACAGAAACACACAGAGAUGAUUACAACAUUAAAGAAAAUAAGGCGCUUUAAAGUUAGUCAGGUUAUUAUGGAAAAAUCUACAAUGCUAUACAACAAGUUUAAGAACAUGUUUUUAGUUGGUGAAGGAGAUUCUGUUAUUACACAAGUGCUGAAUAAAUCACUUGCUGAACAAAGACAACAUGAGGAAGCCAAUAAAACGAAAGAACAGGGAAAGAAAGGUCCAAAUAAAAAACUAGAAAAGGAACAAACAGGUUCAAAAACAUUGAAUGGUGGAUCGGAUGCUCAAGACAAUAACCAGCAACAACACAAUGGAGAAAGCAAUGAGGAAAGUAAAGAUAGGCAUGAAGCCAGCAUGAAGAAAAAAACAUCCAGUGAAGAGAGGGAGCCUGAAAAACUUCCAAAGGACUCAACAGUAGAAAACUAAUUAUGAAGAGAGGAUUGUCACCAUUUUUCAUUUAAAAGUUUGACUGCUGAAAGUUUUAAGUAAUUUUUAUAAGCAUAGGUUUUGAUGUUUAAAAACUUGUUUAAAGGGGAAACAGUCCCAUUUCUAUCUUUGUUUUAAAAGUAAACAUUCUUGCUGAUUGUAUUUGUGCAGUAUUAACCGCUAUAUACACAGUAAAAGUGUGUGUCUUUGGGGGAGAAAAGAUCCAUUUAGGAAACGUUAAACUGCUUUUAUUUUUCAAGAGUUAUAGUUGUAGUAUAUUUUUUGAUUAUUGUAUGUUUAAUGUGUAGUUAAUGGUGGUCAAGAGUUACUUUUUUUAACUGCCACCUGUAUAAACUCUUCCCAUGCUCCUAAAUACCGUGGUAUUUUUUUGUGCAUAGUUUUUACAAAUCUUGUAUUUACUGGAUUGUCUUUUCACUGUGGUUUUUGUAGAAGUUGAGCAUUUUUAUAGUAGCUAAAAAUGUUACUUCUGUGUAAGAAUACUCAUUCACUCCCUUUUAUAGAAAUUAGUAUUAAUCUUCCAAACUCCAUUUGCCAGGUUUUCCUGCUUUGAAACAAUCUGAAUUGUGAUGCCUUUAUUUUAUUUUUUUUUAAGCAGUUGGGUAACCCAGAUGGCAAUUUGGGAAGUAGCAGCUUUGUUUUUUAACAGGUAAAAAUCACGUGCGUUUUCUCUCAUUUUUUUGGUAGUAGUUGGGCAUAGCUUUAUGAAUGAAGCUGGAUAAAUAAGGGUUAUUAAUUAUCCAGUGAGAAAGCAAUCUAGAAUGGUGGUUAGUGGGAACAUUCAAAUCUAUGGGAUUUUUUAUCAGUAAAUGAACCUUAGCAUUAGGUGGAAAUAUUGGAGGCACUUAAUGACAGGGAGUGCUCCCUUUUGUAGAACAAAAGUAUUCUAAUAUGAGGUAUUCCAGAUUUAAAUAAAUAAUAGCAAUUUUGAAAAAUGUUGGACUAUAUAAACUCAGUUAACAUGUAAAUAUGCCCCCAAAGUAAAAAAUUUAAAGGCACUUCAUGUUGUAAAAGUGUGAAUGAGGAGAAAUUACUGGUAAAAAAGUAUAUUAGUUGACUAGUUUAAGCAACAGCAAUACUUAAAGACAGUGUUUUUAGGUUGAACACUUUUUUAACUACAUAUAUAUUUCAGGACUUCUCAAUUACUUUAGAAAGCAUGUCAAAAAAAUUUUUUUUUGGUGGACAUUUCCACAAUUGGAGCUAGAAUACACUGGUUAACUUGUAUAGAUUUUGUCUUAGACGUUCUAUGAAGUACUUUCAAGAGACAAAAAGUUACAAAUUAAGAGUAUCACCUAUUAUAUUGCUUUGUUGGAAUAUUGCUAUAUAUGUGCCAGUAUAUGCUCCUAAGUUAAUUUUCUAAAAACCAGAUUUAUUGUAGUUAAUCCAAAGUGUCAAUGUAAACUUACCCAUUUUUGAUUAAAGAAUUUUGUCAAUCUGAA